GGAGAUUAAAAUAUCUAUGAGAUCAUAUAAUUUAUAACUAUGAUUUUAAUUAUAACCUGCACUUAUAUAAGGUUAGGUUGUUUUAAAACGGCCUUUUUUUUUAAAAUAUGGCUUUGCAUAGAUGUGCACAGUAUAUUCUGCCAAAUUGCACUUGUAUUACCUAUAAAAUAUACAUCUCUGUCAUAUGCUUGUCAAAAAACAAAAUUUCAAAUACACAAUCAAAUAUGGCAAAUUAACUUUACAUUUUUAUCAAUGCAAAAAUAUUGGAAAAAUAGCAUAGGUCAAUUGUGAUGUCACUCCUAAAUUCUUCUCGUAGCAUUUUGGACAUUGUGCUGGACAUAAUGGAUGAAGGGCCGAAGCCCAUGAAGAACUUGAAGGAAACCGAAAAAAAUCGCAACUGUGUAGAUCAAUUCUGGGACGCGCAUCAAUCGGAAUACGAAGCCCGCGGCAGGAUGAGCGAGGAUCACGUGGACCGAGUCAACCAGCAUAACAUGACCUAUCCGAAGUUGAGGAAGGAGCUGGAGAAAAGGCGAUCUCUAUUGAAGGUGACUAACAUGAAAAGAAAAACAUCGGGAGAAUUCUUCUGCGCCAAUUGCGAGGCAUGCGUUGAAAGAUGUCUGAAUGAUAUUAAAAAGAAAUACGCGAAUCCGACACAAAGAAGUAGAAAUAAACGAACAAAGAAAAAUUACGGCGACAUUAAAACCUCCUUACGCAAAAAUAAAUAUCGAACGAAACGCAAACAAAACAAAUUGGAAGACAUCACUUCCGUAAACAGACUAACUAGUUGUUACUACGUACCCGUGAACCACAAGAUGGUCGGCGUGGACUCGACUUUAAAUCUAGCAUGUAUGAAUAAUAUGAAAACUAACGAGAAUAAUAGAAAGGAGAAAGUAAAUAAAAAAAAUAAUACACAAGAUGGACGUAUAUUUUACGCCCAGGAUAUGGAAGGAAUGGAUCCCGGUAGCACAGAUAUAAAUGAACGAAUGACUGGUUCGGAACGAACGAAUGAUAACAGCGAGCCAGAGAAUAGUGGAAAGAGCAUCAACACGCUCAAGAAUCCGGACACGAGCGUCGCGUCUCUGAGCAGUUACAAAAGUUAUUAUUCUAUGGAACAUGAACCAAUGGUGUAAAAAAGAUACGAAAUUUGUAGAAAAUCGUGUAUUUAAAUAUAUUUUCCAUAUAAAUAUACUUUCGUGAUGUCUU